AUGGGCAAGCUCUAUCCUCCUUCACCAACUCAAUGGGCAGAUUUUCAAAGAGACUUUACUUCAGGAUUGAUCUGGUGCACUUAUCGACAUAAUUACGCCCCUAUCAGACCAAGUACUUUUACUACAGAUGUUGGAUGGGGAUGUAUGCUCCGAUCAGGACAAGGAUUGUUGGCAAAUGCUUUAGCAGUUCAGUUUAUGGGUCGAGGCUGGAAUCGUCCUGUUCCAGGUGACCCCAUGUGGGACAUCUACGUUAAGAUAUUGUCGUGGUUCUUGGAUGAUAUGAACGCAAAAUCUCCUUUUUCAGUGCACCGUAUAGCACUUUUAGGGAAACAGCUUGGUAAAAACAUUGGAGAAUGGUUUGGUCCAUCCACAACGAGUCAAGUCACGCAAGCCCUUGUUCACAACUUUCCACAGAGCGGACUCAGUGUGUAUGUCACUACGGACGGUGUCAUUUAUAAAGACCAGGUUGAAGAAAUAGCCACAAAAAAGAAAACAGCGAGCUUUGGCCAUCUCUUGAUUUUGGUCACUAUACGGUUGGGUAUUGAUAAACUCAACGCCAUUUACAAAGAUGCUAUCAAGGCAACCUUUGAAUUUCCACAGUCUCUCGGUAUUGCAGGCGGUCGACCAUCGUCGUCCUAUUAUUUUGUUGGGUAUCAAGGAGAUGAUUUGUUCUAUCUUGAUCCUCAUCAUUCACGAAACAUCGUGGAAACCAAAGAUCUGAGUGCAUACACCGCGGAGGAUUUUGCAACAUACCAUUGUGAGACAAUCCGCAAGAUUGACAUCAGUGCAAUUGACCCAUCCAUGCUUUUGGCAUUCUACUGCAGAGAUCGUUCAGAGUUUGAUGCGCUCUGUGAACGCGUUAAGGAAUUAAAUGCACGGCCUGGUAUGGGAUCAAGCAUCUUUACUGUUGGAGAGAAGGCGCCUGACUACGAGGUUGAUGAUGAAUCAAGGCUACUUUCGGUUACAGACGAGGAAGAUGAGGACUUGGAGCUGAUUUUGUAG